UUAUUUAGUUACUUAGUUUUUGUGUGUGAAAUCGUCAUCUGUAGUGUUUAGCUGAAACGGAAUUAAUGUGUAAAUAAAAUAAACAAACAUUGAAUCUUAAGGAUGAGAAAGAGGGAUUUAUAGAGAACUUAGAUUUGAAAAUUAAGAUUUUAAGGAAUUUUACUUGUUGGGCAUUUUCACUAUUUUUAGGAAUUUAUGCUGGCUAACUUGAUUGAAAGUAUUUUAGGCUUUAAAUUGGUCUGAAUGACCUGUUACUUUUCUCUAAAACAUCCUCCCUCUUAAACACUACUCCUCAUACAAGCUGAAUUUUUUAGGAUUUAACUUGGCUAUUGUUUGGUUGUUGGACUAAAUAAUAUUAAAUGUUGCAGAUGCUCUUGUUUAACUGGCAACCACAGUUCUCCCACAUGAUAGUCACCAAUUUCAUCAAUUUCUAGUAGCUACUUACCACUGCUAAACACAACUUGUUUAACACUUCUUUAGGGCAUACAUCCCAUACAACAUGUAUAGCAACAAAACUAACUGCAAUGUUUUUUUUUCACAGUACAAAAUUAUAUUUAUUCCUAAAGCAAUGGUUGUUUAUGUUAUUUUGUCCAACCCUGUGUAAGUUUUGUACAGCUGAAAGUCUUUGAACUGCCAAAUGUGAUGAAUUUAAACUAUCCUUUGCAAAUGCCACAGGUAAUGUGUGCUAUGUAUAGGUCAUUUGUUUUAUGUAGGCUUUUAUAGCAAAAUUCUGAAUUGGUUUUGUGGAUUUUUUUCAUUGUUUUGGUUUACUGGAUCUUGUAAUUUCAGUAAAAUAAUGUGUUGUCUAUGUAUAGUAAGUUGAUUUCACAAAUCAGUUGUCAAAAUUGAACUUUGGUGUCCCAAAAUUGAUUUUUUUGUCAAUGAAGUUGUCAAGUGUUAGAAAAGCAUACAAUUAAAUAAAAUGUGAUCAGGAUAUUAAAUAUUUUGUAUAAAAAAUUGCCGUUGUCAGCUUUUAAAAACACAAUUUAAAAGCAACAGCUCGAAACAUGUUUUCUCUCAAAAAUAUAUAUAAUGUCUCUUUACAUAUUAAAGUCAUGUUUUCAUUGUGUUGUUUCAAGGCCACUUAUUAUUUUUUCAUUGCAGAUAUUUAUACUAUCUGUAAACUCUCAAUGCCAGAGUAAAAACAUCCUUGAGUGUCCAGCAGGAUCUUACGUUUCCGGAAAUAAAUGUCAUUUGUGUAGGAAUGGUACUUAUACAAAGUUCAGAAAUAAAUUGCCUUAUUGUUUGGAUUGCACAUCAUGUGACAACAUUGGCGCUGAUCAAAUAGAAGUUCUACCCUGUACAUUAACACAAAACAGAGAGUGUGGAUGUCAUCCUGGAUAUUAUAUAACCCAGAAAACUUUAUCUACAUUUUAUUGCGAAUCCUGUGAAAAGUGUCAGAACUGCACAGAAUGUAUUAGCUGUGGAGAUAAAUGCAAUCAACAAAACAGAUUUACAACCACAACAACCAGUUGUAAGGUUGGCUAUUUUCUGGUUGACGGACAGUGCCAGGAGUGUACAAAAUCUGGCUGUAAGAGCGAGGCAUGUAAAUCAUUUUGUAUUAAACAAGAUGAGCCAUCUCAUCCUGUCCCGCUCCUGCUGCUGUCUUUGAUAAUACUGGUCAUGUUGGGCGUUGUUCUGUGUCUUCUCCCCAUAUGGUGCUGCAGACGGAGAAGGUUUUGCUGGCAAGCGAAAAACUGGCUUGUUGGCAUUGAGGUUCAACCAGAUCAACCUAAUGACUUGUUCAAUGUUCCUUCAACAAUGGUGAAAGAUGACUCAGCCUGCAGAGAACCCCACCUGAAACCCUCCUCUAGAGAUCCAGCGACCAGACACCCACACAGGCUCUUUAAUGGAGAUCUGCAGAGUAUCAUGACCCCCUUGAUUGCAAAAGGAGACCCAAAAUUGAUGCAGAUACUGCAGAAGGAGUUGUGGCCAGCACCGGUGCUUUACACCGUCAUAAGAGAGAUCCCUGUGCAGCGUUGGAAGGAGUUUUUACGACUGCUUUCUGUGUCCGAUGAUCAGAUAGAACGAGUUGAACUGGAGGCAGGCCCGUCCUAUUUAGAAAAGCAGUACAUGAUGCUUCGUCUGUGGAGCCAGAGCGGCGACGCAAAGCUAGAGAACAUUUAUGCAACGUUACACUACAUGAACCUGUCAGGCUGCGCUCAGAAACUGCAAGAGAAGUUGGAGCAAUUGCAGCUUUCAAAGUGUGAAAUCUUGACCUCAUCUCCUCAUGUGUGAGAGCGUUUUUUUCACAUAAAUGUUAGCACAUCCAUUAGACGUUGUGCUAUUGACAUGUCACUCAUAACUAACAAUUCUAAGUUAUUUGGCUCUAAUGUGUUGUUUCAUCAGUUCUUUGUAUAAAGUGAUAAUAAUCUUUGUCUCAGUUAAUAUCACAGAACUGUACAGAUGUGAAUAUUUCAAGAGUAACUGAAUGGUUCAAAACAUUGUAAGAAAUAAAUGUUUGUGUUUUUAUACUAAUAGACUAAUGGCUUUGAGGAUAACACAGGUGCUUAAAUGUUAUCAUUCAUAUUGAACGUAUCCAUGAAUUUCUUAUGUAAGUAUCGCAUACUCACCAACACAGUUGUGUUAAUUUUCCCUUUUUGAAAUAAAUCUAUACACUUGAUGAAUCUGUGGAAUAAGUAUGGCUCAGAUCUUGACAGUAAAGAGAUUACACAUAGUUCUGUGGAAAGUGUGACAGGAAAAGUGUUUGGCAGUUCUACACACAAAGAAAAGUACUGACAUUACGUUUGCUGAAUGUCAGCACUCAAUUACUGAGGCCUCUGAACUAUUGAAAAGGAAAUUCCCCUCCUUUUGAGGUUCAUCUAACUUCAGUUUAAACCACAAUGUACAUCAAACGCAUUUUGACUAGGUUUUUGUUUGUUUGUUUUCUUUUUUUUCAGUUUCGUUCUUUCUACAUUUCCAUGCGUACAACAGCACAAUGGUAAAAUCAUCUAUGAUUAUAGCCAGAUUCUUGGAAACGAAUUUUCUGUUGGAAAUGUAAAGAGCCAUUAUUUUGUCAAACAAGUGACAUCAGCAGGAAAAGGGAAGCGUUAGUUUGUUGUGUCCAUAGCAACCAGUGAACACAUGCUGUCCGCGGCGCGUGCGUCAUGUAGUCAAGGCUUUUGGAAUUUGGAUGUUACAAAGUACUAAACAGGUGACUAAUAAUAGCGAUAAUAGCUAAUUAUAGCUAAUAAUAGCGAACUUCUCCAUAAAGUUUUGUCAUGUAGAUUGCUACUAUAGGCUACUGUUAUUGUCUCGAGUUUGGUUACUAUUAUUUUUAUAUGGGAGUGAACGAGCAUUUACAGAAAACUUUGAAUUCCGUCAUUGAGGCGUUGUUUAUACGCUACGAACGCGGUAAAAAUAUCCCAUCUUUAAGAGUUUAACUUUGUUUUCUCCAUGUAAUCGUGUUUUGUGUUGUGUCUUAUCGUCGUUCACUCAUGGGGUCAGCAUAUAGAGUUUCAGUAAGCUCGUCAUCUGGUCAGAUUGAGGCAUU